UUUCACUAAACGUCGAAUUCAACCCCUUACUAAACACCCCAACUACCAAGCUCCGUUAGUGUCUACAAUAAGCCUUCCUACCUAGUAAUCAAUGGAUUCCUCUUCGAAUCUGUUACCACCGGAAACCGACCUUUGCAAAAUACCGACUGUUCCCCCCCCUCCUGGACGAUCUUCUGACCUAGACAACGCAGACAUGAAGUCUUUGACAAUCUCUCUCGGUGUUAUCUUAACGACUAUCGCGGUGUUCUUCAGCCUUGGUAGACUCUACGCCAACUUCCGAAAGUUGACAGCUAGUGAUGUCUUCGUAUUUGUUGCCAUUAUAUCUAAUACCGCCACAGUAGUUUUGAUGAUUAUAUAUGCCAAAUACUUCCGACAUAUAUGGAACAUACCUUUGUGUUGGAUCAAUGAUAACUUCGGAAAGAUAGCAUUUGCCUGGGAAAUGACCGCGACCUUCAGUACAUUUCCUGGCAGAGCCGCUACUUUGCUACUGUUCUACCAGCUCUUUACCAUAUCUCGCUCGAUAGGUAUAGCUAUAUGGAUCGGCAUGGCUACUAGUCUUAUAAUCACAGUUUGGACCAUAUGUAUAUUGUCUUACGGUUAUGCCAACGAUAAUACUCGGGAUCAUCCUGGCGACUCCGACGGCAUUAUAACCAUGUGGCUCCUACGAUGGUCACUUCUCUUGGGUAUACUAGAUAUCUUGAUCGACAUCUAUAUCUUUAUCUUGCCACUACCUAUUAUCUUUAAGUUGAACCUAUCCAAGAAGAAAAAGCUGCAGGUCUCGGCCAUAUUUUUCAUAGCAUUACUGGGUAUUGUUGUCAGUAUCUUAACGCUUGCAUGUAGAAUAAAGGCAUUGCAGAGCCACAACUUUGAUAGCACAUACAACACUGGAGUUUUGAUGAUGUGCAGUCUCGUUCAGAUGAAUGUAACUCUCAUAAUCUGCUCUACCCCGGCAUUCGUGGGCUUCAUACGUCUCCAUGUCUUGGAGUCACAGGCCUUCAAGGAUCUUCAAUCGAUACUAAGAGCCGGUAGUAACGUACCCAGCCGGUCCAGCCUGUUCAAGUCCUGGCAGAGCCCCAAUCGGCCUCGUACCGGGCGUGAUGAACCACCAAAGCAAAAGCGGAAAAGUUUAAGUAGCACGACUGAUUGCGCCGAAGUAAGCGACACAUGCUUGCUCGACAGCGGAGCUACGAUAAAUGUCGAUGGGCAGAGAAAUACACUUGUGGUCGGUGGCGAAGAUCAAGAGGAUGAUAUCCACUUAAAGGUGCUUAAUAUGGAUAUUGAACAUAACUCGGCCUCACUUCCGCCUUGAAGCGACGUAUGGAAUAGGUAGUUAUCACGCGGCACCCUUAUCUAUACCCGAAUUUUAGCGGUCUCUUUGGUGGUUGGUAAUCUCAUUAAACGGGGUUUAGCAAUAUGGUAGCUAUGUAUAAAAUUCGACUAAUCAGAAUUAUCGAGUAAAAGAGGCAAACCCCCUUGGAGGGCUAAUAGAACAACUAGAGUAUAAAGAGGAUUAUAUUUUGUAAUUAUCAAAAA